AUUAUAAGUUUAUUAAAAUCAUCAAAUUUAUAUUCAAAAUGUGCUUUGAAAAUCAUGAUCUGCAUUGUUGCAGCUAUUAUUUAUAAUAAAUCUGCAUAAAAAAUUUCUUAAUAUGAUAGAAAGUAUAAUAUUUAAUAAACAAAAACUCUUUCCUUUUUAUUCAUUAUUUUUUUCUGAAAAGAUUCUCAAAGAACAACUAUUUUUAGAUCUUUUAAUCUACCUUUUCCCUUUAAAAGUAGAAAAGUAAAUUGAGUGAUCGCUUUUCUCAGCGGUAAAACUGAUGUUCUUCCGUGUGUAAAAACGUGUGACGCAUGUAUCUCCGACGUGAUAUCGAUCCUCGAACACGACAUAUGACAUUAAAUGCAUUUUUUAAAUCCUGCAAAACACCGUUGGUGGAUAAACCGUCGUCGAAAUUGAUAAACCCUCGUCGCAUUACAUCGCCCUUGUCUGCACGAUGUAACGGCAAAUGCUAACGAGUAUGUACGAGGCUGUGCGAGUCGGUGCAAGAAGCGCGGUGUGCAUAGGCCGCAGCGGGGUAGUUGCACAAAGGUCUGACACUCCCGGCCAAGUGCGGAAAGCACGGCGGCGCAUGCAUAUUCAACGGGGCCACGAGGCACAAGGUGGACCAUGUGUGCGUGCGUGCGUUCGUGCAUACGGCUGCCCGGUGUGUUUGCGUGCCGUCGUAUAGUCAUAGGAAUAAUAAAAAUUCGAGGGUUGAAAUUAUUUAGAUUUAUGCCCGCUCUCUUGUCGUCGUGCCGUCGCGCCGGUGACGAGGCGCGAUUCGAUUCGAUUCCGGGGAACAAAUUUCAUGCAUUAUUCAGAACCCGGGGCCCGAACGAUGCAACCACCUCGGUCGCAGUGGAAGCGAUCCUCCCGGAAAAAAGUCGUUUUUUAAUCUCUCCUCGCGCCCCAAUAACGCACGAUUGCGUAACGUCCUUCAACCCUUUAAGGAGCGGAGGAUGACGCGAACCGCUUCACGUAGAACGAUUCGAAACGUCCCGGAAGAGAAACAUAACGCAAGUUAUUUCCUCGCGGAAUCUACGAGACGUUCGAGAAGCCUGCUUCAGCAUCGAUACAUUGGAGAACGAUCGCUCUUUAUCCAAAAUGAUUCAUGCUAUCACCUGUUGAAGUAUCGUAUUUUUUUUCUGCCGCUUUUCGUAACAAAUAAGCGCGCCGUUACAUUACAUUAAAUUUUGUUGCGUAUUUUUCACAAUGUAAGUAAAAUGUUGUGUGAUUUUAUCUAUAAGAAGAAUUAAAUAAUCUUUAUCUUAUCCAAGAUGCGUUUACGUGUAAUUUACCUUAUCCAGAUAAUUUUAGACAAGUGUUCAACUGCAGCAGUGUUCUCUCGCUUUUGAAAUUGUUUAUCACGUAGAGUCGACGAGUGUCAUCGGCGCGAACGGAAACAUUUUAAUCCCAUCCUCACAAGAACGUCACGCAUGUUUAAUUAAUUGUUUCUACGCGCGACGACGCAAUAAUCGUCUUAUCCGCGGAUUAGCGAGUGCAGCAUCUGUCAGCGUGCUCUGAAAACUUUCGUUCCAUUAUCUUCGCGGAUCCUUCGUGCGUCGCUUCCUCGAGUCGAAAAUUGCUGUCGGAUACAAUGAACGCUAUUCUCUUCGUGAUCGCCGUCUCCGUCGCGACCUGUGCCGAUGGCAGAGUUUACUACCUGGCAGAGAGUUUAGACGAUGGGCGAAACAGUGACGCGAUCUAUCCGAUCGCGGAACAGCAGGCCUCUCGCGAUCUGGAUCUGGCUUUCUCCGCGGGAGAUCCCCUCGGAAACGGGAAUGUCCUACCUCCAACCAGAAAGGUGUACACUCUCGUCGCACCGGAAAAGUCGUACGUCGAGCUGAACAGAGACGCGGAUCGACCGUACUACAGAUUGACCGAACCGGCCACCAGAAGAGGAGGCGGUCUCGACGACGUCAUCCUCAUUCCGCAAGCAGGCCGGAAAUUGAUGAAGCUGAACGGCAACAAUAAGGGCGAAGUGAUCUUGGAGCUUCGCGUCAUAGCUAAUCACGAUAGCGCGUAACUCGCGCGUUAAAAUUAAACUUUCAUUGAUCCGCGCGAGGGAAGCGCGAGCUCUGAUAAGAAACGAACUUUAUACAGUUAAAUCGCAAUUGCUUUUAUUACGUUCAACUUACAACAACGAGUACUUUCUAUCGAUACAUAUAGAUACAUCGGGAUUGCUAUAAUAAUAUUUACAGUGCAUAUCACAUGUCGAAUUCGCAUCGGAGCUACUUCACUCCGGCAAGAUCUUCAAUAUGCGAUUCUCUUGAUUCUCGCCCAAAGUUGAUUCGUAGCUUUCUUUUUUCUCGAUCAUUCGGAAUAUACGGGAUCAAAUCAGGGAAGACAAUUCUGUUCUAGACGUGCGACGGGCGUAAUAUAUUUGGAAAAUGUAAGAGUGCGAUAAAGUUUUACAAACGUCUUCAAUAAAUAAUGACAAGUGUCUAUUAAA